AUGGACACGGAGGGACCCGAGUCCUCCCACGCUGCCUGGGAAUUCCCCGAAGCAACACCAAUUCCUUUCUUCCACUCUUUCAGUCUGUCUUCUAGUGAAUCCAUGCCCAUCUGGUCUCCGCCGCCCAUACCCCCCGAUAACGAAACAACAAUAUCGACACGGUGGCUGCUUGCACCAAAAUGGCGUUCGCGAGGACCAAUGCAUGUCAGGUACUUCCGAAUGACAAAUGCGAUGGUCUCUCGAACGGAUCGCCGUUCAUUGGGCUUAAGCCACUUCAGGCCCUGGCGCCGCCUGGGGCUUGUUAUCUGGGACUCGUGGCGAAUGUACACUGUUGGACUGUGCUAUUUCCCUACUAUGGGUCCAGGGCAUGAUCCGCCUAACCCGGACGGUAGCAUUUUCGAGGUGGGACACAAGAAACCGGAUUUCGGGCCGAUAUGGUUGGCAUUGGUCGGCCAGGUUCCAGAUGAAUGA